GUCAACCAGAGGAACCCUGCUUGCUACUUCAAAUCGAUCUUCGAUCCAACCAACUUUCAGGUAAAAGGGCAAGAACUCUCUCUCUCUUUCUCUCGAAUCCAAGGAAUGGAGGAGUAAUCGAGUUAGGGUUCAUCAUCCAAGAUAUUCGUCGGUGAAUCUGUGCCCCUGUUCAUGUGAGAAGGCAUUUUUGAGCCACUGGUUCUCCUGUCCUGCUUCACUGUUAUUGCUAAAUAGUUGGCUUAUCAACACUUUUGAACUUCGAGGUUGUUUGUGGAUGUGCUUGACUCCCUUAAACAAGCCAUGAAUCAGCGUGGUUUGAUAUACAGUUUUGUUUCAAAGGGUACUAUUGUACUUGCUGAACAUACAUCUUUCACUGGAAACUUCAGUACUAUUGCAAUCCAGUGCCUACAAAAACUUCCUUCAAACAGCAACAAGUUCACGUACUCUUGUGAUGGACACACUUUCAACUAUCUCGUGGAUAAUGGAUUUGUUUUUCUUGUGGUAGCCGACGAAGCUGUUGGGAGGUCCCUGCCAUUUGUUUUCUUAGAACGCGUGAGAGAUGAUUUUAAGCACCGCUAUGGGGCUAGUAUUGGGAGUGGAAGUUCUCACCCCCUUGAAGAUGAAGAAGAGGAUGAUGAUCUGUUUGAAGACAGAUUUAAUAUUGCAUACAAUCUCGAUCGAGAAUUUGGACCUAAGCUCAAGGAGCACAUGAAUUAUUGCAUGAGUCAUCCAGAAGAGAUGAGCAAGCUAUCUAAAUUGAAGGCCCAAAUCACUGAGGUGAAAGGCAUAAUGAUGGACAACAUUGAGAAGGUUUUGGACCGUGGAGAAAAAAUUGAACUUCUUGUGGAUAAGACUGAAAGCUUGCAAUUCCAGGCUGAUAACUUUCAGCGGCAAGGCAGGCAGCUGCGGCGGAGGAUGUGGUUGCAAAACCUCAGGCUCAAGUUAAUCGUUGGUGGAUCUGUUCUUGCAUUUAUACUCAUUGUGUGGUUGAUAGGCUGCCGAGGGUUCAAAUGUUAAGAAGCUGCAUUAUGUUCUCUUGCAUUGUAUAAUGCUCUGUUUAUAUGCACAAAGACUGACAAUUCCUGGUUGCUGUGAUUGAUAGCGUGCAGAGGGUUCAUAAGAAGUUGCACACUGCUCUUCAUUGCUCGUUUUACUUGCACAAAGAUCGUUUAUGUUUGCCAACUCUAAAUGUCUCGUUAAAUGUCAAAAGUGGGCUCAACUCCA